AUGUAGAAACGAGGGUGGAAGAAGAAACAAAGAAGCGAAAGGCAGGAAAGAGGAGAAAGAUCCGUUGUUCUCUAUCUCAAGAUCUCGUCGUCGUCAAUCUCUCUCGCUACAGAGCGAAGUUCGUUAUCUUGUAGAAUUUCGUUUGGUUUAUUUCUCCUAUGAUUCCCCUUUUCUCUAAAAAUCGCUUCGGUCUUGUAGGUAUCUUUCUAGCAAAAUCAGUAGUUCUAGAGCUCAUCUCUAGGGUUUUUUUGGUCUGGAAAAUCGUACUAUCUGGUGUUGUUCAUGUGGAUUUUCCUAGAUCAAUGAACUGAAUGGUUUUGGAUUGAAUUUCACGGGUUCAGGGCAAAUUUCAGUUGUUUUUGUUGAAAAGUUCCUCAAAAAAAAUGCUUUGAUUAGGUUCCUUGUUGGGUGUAGAAAGGGCUUUGGAUUAGAUCCUUGUGGUAAUUGUUACUUUUUGAGAUGUUUUGGGGGGAAAAUGAUGCGAUAUUUUGAUAUUUAGGGAUUUGAUGUGUUGGAUGCUAUGUUCCUUUGGUGGAUUCCCGGAUCUUGGUGGGAAUUAUACGGCCUGAUGCAUCAGGACGUGAAUAGGGUCAUGAUGCGACUGGGCAUGCAGGUGGGGCCCAUGGUUUGUUGAUCUAGACUGUUGAUCUGAUUUACCUCACCGCAGAUUGAAUAUAUGCUCCUAAAUUCUUCCAUACCAAAAUAUUCUAACCCUUAAAAAGUAGAAAAGACAGAGAAAGAAGAACGAAAAAGGAGAGCAAAGAGGAAAAGUGUGGCCCGCCAUUCAGGCAAUCUCAACUGUUGAUCAAGGCUAUUCUCCAUCUGUUUUACAUCUAUGUGUCUGGAUCUGAGAGUUGGGUAUUGUGUUUUUUCUCUCAGUGGGAUUGUGGAUCACUGGAUCACGUCACUGCUUAGGCUUUGCUUUGUGGUCCUAUUGUCAAAUUGUUGCUAUAUUGCAUGCAAUUAAAUAAGCUUCUGCUUCCUGAUUUGUGCUGCACCCAUUAAAACAUUCAAUGGUCAGGAUUUUAUGACCGAAAAGAAUUCUGGGUAUCACCAAUCCAGGGAGUCUUGACUCCCUUCAGAUCGACAGCCUUGAUAAUUGGGUCAUUGGCUCCACCCAUAUUUACUAGCUCAUCGGGACUCACUACUCUUGUUCUGAUGUGUCAGGACCGUACAAUUCCUGUUAUUUUGUGCUUAUACUUGGGUAUUUCGAAUAGGAAUUCUAUAAACUGGUUUGGUUUUGAUAGUGAAAUGAUUCUGUAUGUUGAUGCUUUAGCCUGUGUUUGUAUGUGCAACUGAAUUGAACUGUGAACAUCAAUUCUGAUCAGGUGGGGGAUGUCCAAGUUGCCGUGAGGACUAACGAAACUAAUAAUUGCAAUUUUCUCAUUAAAAAAAUUAAUACGUGCAAUUCCAAUCACAGCCAAAGUGGAGAUAUCAGCUAACUUAAUUUCAUUACUUGGUCUUAAAGCUCAGUAGUCUCUGUUGUUUUGUUUCUGUAGUUGUUUGCCUGUGUGCUCUGGUGUUCUUGACUCUGAUAUUACUGUUAUGAUUGCCCUGAUAAUGUCAUUAUAGUAACAAUCUAGAAAUGUAACUUUGCCUUCUCAAAUAUUGGUUUUGGGGUGCACUUUUGAGGUCCAUGAUUUGCAGGCUGCGGCAUAAUCAAUAUAUUUCUGCUGUUGAUUGAGAAAAGAUUUAUUUAUUAUGAUUAAUGGGGAGUUUUGUCUUAUCCAAUAUUCUGCCAAAAGCAGCCUUUUGGUAGAAUCUGUAGAUUUGUCAUAUUUUGUGGGUUCAUAUGGUGGUAGGAGGAACAUAAAUAGGCUAUAAUUGCGGAUAUUUAUGGGUGUAAUUAUGCAUUCUUAUUAUAGAAGCAAAAAGCCUCAGCGCUGUAGCACUUUGGAUGCCUGGAUCUUGGUAGAGACUGUUCAAUGGAUGUGGAGAAUUGUUUGAAGAUUUCAUGUCUAUCUGUAGAUCAUCUACUAUAAUGAGAGUCCAUUUUGAAGACCCUAGGGUUUAUUAUAGUGUAUGCAAGUUGCAGUGUCUGUUCAUAUGAUGAGAUUAUUGACUGGGGAGCAAUUCAUGAGGACAUUUCAAACGAGGUUGUUUUUGCAAUUUGGACUGUGUUCACUGGUUUGAAAAUUUUAUCUUGAGGUUUGAGAAAGCUUGCAGUUUGAUCGUCAGGUUAUAGCUUCCGUCCCUCGCAUGUAAAGUUUUCAAUGAACUUGAGUUGUGUUGUUGGCGUCAGUAGACUAAAUCUUACAGGGCCAAGACUUGGAAAUAUUUUCUUCUUGAAAUGAUGACACGCCUUUUCUGGAUGAACACGAAUCGAAAUUCUUUUCAACUAGCUUACUGGAUUUACCCAUAUGGAUGGAAAAUAUGUUCAGUUAGUUUUGAUAUUUCACAAAAACUUUGUUGGGCCAAAUAGAGGAGAAGAAGCAAGUUAGGCAGCUAGAUUCGUUUCCAUGAGUUUUACAGUUUUACAUCUUCUUUUGGAUGAUUUACGCAGGAGGAUUGAUUAUUUUCCUUUAAUCUCAAGAGCUUAAUUUCUGCAUCAUCAGUGACUGCAUUGCAUGCAUGAAGUCAUGGGAAGUAUAUCAGUGUAUUCUUGUACUUAAAAGAAACAUUAGAGAACUACAGUUCUGAGGAAGGGAAGUAAUUUCCGGACUAAUUUCAGUUUAAGAGAAGCAUGGAUCUUAAGGCGGGGGGUGGAACCCUUAGGUGGCUUAUCUAACUACGUCAUGUUUUUCUCUUGAGUAGUGCACGGUCAAAACUUGAUUUCUAUGUGAUAUGAUGGAAAUUGGUUACAAAAAACUGAGAUUGAUGAAUGAAGACUACUAGAAUGCAGCAAAUACUCGAUACAGCCAUAACUUCUAAUUCAAGUACAUACACAUGCCUUCAAAUGAUCUAUAUUUUCAAAGGUGAACUGCUCUCGGAGCACGACUUCUGAAUAUACUCUUGUUCAAGAUGCUCACUUAAUUAAUGAGAACUAGUUAUGCUAGAUAUCCAAAAUUAUGGAUUGCAUGUGUAGCAAUCCAUCUUGGUAAAAAGAAGGGGAAAGAAAUAACUGCUGCUUAUUUGAGAAUGGCACCUUGGCAUAUCGGUUAAAAUGAAUAUUAGUCAUGCCGUUAAGGUUCAUCCGUCGAAGAAGGCAUUGUCACUUGUCGGAGACAAAGUGCGGAACGACAAACUGAGGUAGGCUCACCACAUCUUGCUGGCUAUGAUGGGGAGCUCAGGACAAUAUUCUUCUACAACCCUCUUUGCUUAUUUUUUUUCCUGUAUUUUUUUCUUCCUUGAAUGUUCUUGAUGUUGUGAUGUAUUGGUUUUACCAGAAACUGGGGCGAAUCUGUUGCUGGUGGGCAUUUUAGUUCGGUUUGGUUUCCAGACUGCUACGAGCAAUUAAGUGAUCAUGCUAUAUUGGUUACUAUCCACCUCUGGAGAUUCAGGAGUGCCUCAGUGCAGCAUGAUAAUUAUUAUAUGGGAUCUUAUAGCUCUGCUUGUUCUGAUGAAUCCUUCUCUUGGAGUUAUGCUGAAUGGAGCUGUGCAACAUUGCUAGGAUUUUGUGCUUGCUGAUUAGAAAUACGUCUGCAGCAGUUUACAAGAAAGAGACAAUAUCAUGCGGUGUUUGCCUGCUUUGAUCAGGUGACUGAAUGCCUUCUGGUGUUUGAACUAUUUUUGCUAAACAUGUUCCCUUGUGCAGGCACAUUAAGUCUUCAUUGAUUCACCGGGUAUUAAAUGGAGCCCUCAGUCAAACAUUUUCAAUCUCCUGGAAAUGCUGGAUCAGAAAAGCUUCAUGAGACAAUCAACAAUGACAUCCAAGCAGAAACUGCCUUCACAUGCUCUCAGUGGUCUAAUGGCGAGUGCAUGCCUGCAGAAGAAACAAGACAUGAUGGGAACACCAUUGCCACUGAAAGACUAGAAAAAGGACAUAUGCAAUAUGGAUGUUCACAUUAUCGACGACGGUGCUGCAUUAGAGCUCCAUGCUGCAAUGAGAUCUUUGACUGCCGACAUUGCCAUAAUGAGGCAAAGGUGAGUCAGAAUUCUAUUAAUGUUGAAAAGAAACACAGACAUGACCUACCGCGUCAUCAAGUACAACAGGUCAUAUGUUUGCUUUGUGGCACUGAACAGGAUGUUAGACAAGUUUGUAUCAGCUGUGGUGUGUGCAUGGGGAAAUACUUUUGUGAGACUUGCAAAUUGUUCGAUGAUGAUAUAUCAAAGAAGCAAUACCACUGCAAUGGUUGUGGGAUUUGCAGAAUUGGCGGGCGUGAAAACUUUUUUCACUGCUAUAAAUGUGGUUGCUGUUACUCUAUUCUAUUAAAGAACAGCCACCCCUGCAUCGAAGGAGCAAUGCACCAUGACUGUCCUGUUUGCUUUGAGUAUCUAUUUGAAUCGACAAAUAAAGUUACUAUCUUGCCAUGUGGACACACUAUUCACAUGAAUUGCUUGAAAGAGAUGCAGCAACAUUUGCAGUACGCUUGCCCUCUCUGCUCCAAGUCUGUCUGUGAUAUGUCAAAAGUAUGGGAAAAAAUUGACAUGGAGAUUGCAGCUACACCCAUGCCUGAAUCCUACCAAAAUAAAAUGGUGUGGAUCCUUUGCAACGACUGUGGGAUGAACUCGCAAGUCAAGUUUCAUGUUGUUGCCCAGAAGUGCCUUAAUUGCAAGUCUUACAACACUCGGCAGACGAGAGGGAAGCCGACCACCGCAUCCUGUUCCCGCUGAUCUCUUCUUCUGUGUCCUCUUUACUUUGCUGCCUACAUCCAAUGGGAUAACAGAAGCCGGCUCCUGCAUCCAAUGCAAGUCCCACAAUGAAGAUAAGAGAGGGAAGCCCGCAGGACCACAGCAUCAUGCUCUUUCACUACCCUUCAAUGUCCAGUUACUGUGUACUUGCAACGUCCAACUGAAUAACUAAACUGCAGAGGCCUAUCCAUGGUCACUUGGGUUUUGUAUGAUCAGAGCGAAUGCAGACGAAAAAUGUGGGGAGAGAAGAUGUUCCUCUUCUGUUGUGUGGAGUUGUUUUCUUCGGUCUCUUCAUUUAGACUGUCUGAGCAAGUGCUCUGACAUGUACAGAGGGUUAUCUGUCGUUUUGCAUCCUUGUAAUUCUUUGAUUUCAUGCAUGAUUUUGUUUCUUGUGAGAA